AUGGCGGCAUCUCUGUUCACAUACUCCUCAACCUCUCGAAGGGUCAUUCCUGCCCCAAACUCUCCUCCUCUUCCCAUUCACAUCAAGGCCACCAAUGUCGUCUUCAACCCUGACAUUCCAGAAGUGCAUCGAGGUCUUGGACUCGAUGAUUUCGUAAAUUUCUUGGCUUCUUGCCGCCUUCGAUAUGCCAUCAGUGAUGUACCAUCCGAGUUCUUCCCUGAACAAAUAUGUGAGUUCUACUACACUGCAACAGUCAACGAAGAAAACAAUGCCAUCACCGGAACCAUUGGCCAUGGUAGACACUCUGUCUUCAUCACCGCAGAACUUCUCAGUGCCGCUUUAAGGUUACCAAUUUUCGAACCCUUUUCUGAACCUCCUACUAUUGAAAGAUGUAAAUGCAUGUUUGAUCAAUUGGGGUAUGAUCAUUCAAAAGAUGGCACUCGAUCAGCUCUUAUUCUGCGUUAG